AUGAACCAAUCUUUUGACCCUUUAUCCUUCUUCACCCCUCAAGACGUUAAAAAUGAUGCACCUUAUAUGACUACGUCCACGACCAUCUCAACGACAACAACAGAACCAACAAUCAAAGUAGAAUCCUUGAAUAUUAUAAUUGCUGAAAGUAGUACCAAAACAAACUCAAAUGUGACUGACAAUGAAAAAAUUGAUGAUGAAGAAGAAGAAGUUGAUGAAGAUUUAAUCAUACAUGUUUUGGAUUUACCAUAUUUGACCAAAAAUUUACCUGUUGAAGUUUUAAUCACAAUAUUAAAACUAUUAAAACCAGAAGAAGAAACAAAUUUUGGAUCAAAUGGUGUUCAUACAGAUGACAGUAGGACCCUUGAAGAAAUUUUGGAAUUUAAAGAAAUAUCUAAAGAUGAAUAUUUUUCAUCAAAAGAUUGGUUAAAUUUAAAUGGAUAUUCCAAAUUAGCCAAAAAUCUUUGUCAUAUUCAUUUCUCAUCCAAUUUUUUCCAAUAUUUAAACAAAAUAUUAUCAUCUAGUUUUGCAUCAAAUGAUACUGUUUUAAUGUUAGCAAGCUUAAGAAUUUCAGAAAAUUGUGGUAGAACUGCAAGACCUAAUUUCCAAAGAAAAAUUUUAUUGAAAGAUUUCGAUAAAUCAAUUAAUCUUUUUGAACCUGCUUUAACAUCAGAUAAUUUAGGCUUAAAAACUUGGGGAUCAUCUUUAAUCUUAAGUGAACUAAUAGUAGAAGAGCAUAAUGACUUGAUAUUAGAACCUGUAUUGGAAUUAGGGUCUGGAACUGGUCUUUGUGGUAUUACAAUUAAUUUAUUAGGAUAUAAUGAUGUUAUAUUGACAGAUCUUCCAGAAAUUUUACCAAAUUUAUCGAAAAACAUUGAACUCAAUGAAUGCAGUGCACAAUGUGAAGUAUUAGACUGGACAAAUCCUUCUAGUUUUUUAAAUAAAAGAGGUGAUGAUAUAAAAUUUAAUACAAUCGUUAUAGCUGAUCCAAUUUAUUCAUCAGAUCAUCCAACUUGGGUUGUGAAUAUGAUGUCCAAAUUUUUAGCUCAAAAUAAAGAUGCAAGGAUAUUACUACAAAUACCAAUUAGAAAAACUUUUGAAAAAGAAAGAUCUAAAUUAUGGUCAUUAUUACAAGAACAUAGAUUUUCAAUACUUAAUGAAAGGAUUAUUGAUGGUUAUGACGAUUUUGGAGCUCAGAAGUUCAUAUAUAAAGAAUUAAGAUGGUCUAAUUUAUAA